AGAUCAAAAGCACCCAAUCUAGCACAUGAGCCUGGAAAAAGAGCUGGUCGAUCCCGCUGGCCGCGACGAUGACGAUGACGAACUUGUUGCCCCCGAGAAGCCCGUCGACAACUUCGACUCGCCGGCCGUGGCCCUGAAGACGAGCGAGAUCCUGGCUGCCUGCACUUGGAGAGAUGCCACGCGCCUGAGGGCUCUCGCCGAGUCGGAUGGCGGCCUGCUUGCCGAUUCGCUGCGCCAGGCUGCCUGGCCGAUCCUGCUUGGCCUGUCCCCCCCUGCCGACGAGAAGCAACACCAUGGUGACGGCACGCGCGCAGAAGAUCCCGAUCCCGAUGCCCCCGGCGGCGACUGGAAAGAGCUGCCACGCCAUAGGGAUGAAGACCAAGUUCAACUCGACGUGAAUCGGUCCUUUGUUCAUUACCCUAGCGAUCAGUCCGAACGGGAGCUACAUAAACGAAAACAAGAGCUAUCAGACCUCAUCGUCGAGGUUCUCCGUCGAUUUCCAUAUCUUUGCUACUUCCAGGGAUACCAUGACAUCUGCCAGGUAUUCCUGCUAGUUCUGGAGCCAGCAGCACGAGCGCCUCUGGUUUCUCGGCUCUCCGUUCUGCGAAUCCGCGACUUCAUGCUGCCCAGCCUCAGCGCCACAACCGCACAGCUAAGGCUGCUUCCCGACAUCCUCGCUCGCGCGGAUAUCGAGCUCCGUCGGCACCUUUCCAGCAUUGAGCCCUUCUAUGCGCUCGCUGGUACGCUCACCAUGUACGCUCACAACAUAGAGCGGUAUAAGGAUAUCGCCCGGCUGUUUGAUGUCAUCUUGGCUCGCGAGCCUACCUUCUCCAUAUACUUGUUUGCCCAAAUUGUCAUAGACCGCCGGGAGGAGAUCCUUGAGAUCGACGAGCCCGAUAUGCUUCAAGUCAUUCUUGGCAGGGUCCCGCCAGAAUUGGAUCUAGAUGACCUGAUCAAGAGAUCCGUGGACCUUUUCGUCCGUCACCCCCCGGAGACCCUCCGAUCGUGGCAUCAGAUUUCGGGAUCCAGUGUGCUCAAAACCUGCAGAGACGUUGAUGAUAGCACACGGCAAACGCUAGAGGAAGGGCAUCAUUACUUCGAGAAACAAGUCAAGGAGAUACAGUGGCAAGAGCUGAGAAUUGGUGUUAGAAGAAAGAUAUGGAUGUAUAGGCGCCCUGUCAAAUUCAUUGGAACAGCCAUCAUGGUCGGAGUCGUGGCAUUCUACCUUCGGAGGAACCCUACUCUUCUCCAGUACAUAUGGUCCCUUUUCCCGGGCCAACAUUGAUAUCUUCUUUUACAUACAGGGCAAGGGCAAAUGAAAUAUAGACAAAAUCCAAAAGGACAGAGGGAACAAUAAAAUAAAACAAGGACC